GACGCACCCCCAAAAAACAUUACCGGCACCCACAAACCUGGCCCCCUGUAGGGACUCCUUUCACCCUCGGUUACAAAGGAGGCCCUCCUCUCGCACCGGAGUGGUCAGCAACCCCUCUACGACUGGCCAGCCCCUGAGCGCACCCAGGCCGCACGCCAGCCAAGGACCCGCGCCGGUUACCUGGACGCGCGCCCACGCGCUCGCCGGACCGCACUUCGCCUCGAGGGAACAAUCCCUGAACCCAGUGGAAUGAAUCCCUAAUGGUGGAAUUUCAGGCUUCAGUGACAGGCUGAACCCAGACUCCCAGGGCCCAUGCUUCCAUCUGAUGAAUGAUGGCCUGAACUAUGAGCAAACGGGACUACGUGAACACUUCGGUGCAGGAGCCUCCUCUUGACUAUUCCUUCAAAAGCAUCCACGUGAUCCAAGAUCUGGUAAGCGAGGAGCCAAGGACAGGUCUACGACCAGUGAAGCACUCAAAGUCAGGAAAGUCACUGACCCAGUCCCUGUGGCUCAACAACAAUGUCCUCAAUGAUCUGAAAGACUUCAGCCAGGUGGUUUCACAGCUUCUGCAGCACCCAGAGAACCUGGCCUGGAUUGACCUCUCCUUCAAUGACCUGACUUCCAUUGACCCUGUCCUAACAACAUUCUUCAACCUAAGUGUCCUCUACCUUCAUGGCAACAGCAUCCAUCACCUAGGGGAGGUGAAUAAGCUAUCUGUCCUCCCUCGUCUCCGGAGCCUGACCCUCCAUGGGAACCCCAUAGAGGAAGAAAAGGGGUACAGGCAGUAUGUGCUGUGCAACCUGCCCCGUAUCACCACGUUCGACUUCAGUGGAAUCACCAAGGCAGACCGCACCACAGCUGAAGUCUGGAAACGAAUGAACAUCAAGCCCAAGAAGGGCCGGGUCAAGCAGGAUGUACUCUGAGAUUGGCAGGACCCCAGCACACCCAAUGCCCUGAGGAUGAUCAGCUUGGUUUGACAAUAAAUGAUUUGAGCUGUUCAGCAGAAUAAAGGCCCUUGUACCUUGUAA